AGGGAGAAAGGAGGUGGAGAGGGAGAGAGAGGGAGGGAGAGAGAGAGCGCGCGCGAGCCCGCCUCUGGCUGCUCUAAGAAAAGGGAGUGACUGAGGGGCUGGCGGUGAAGGGACAGGAUGGCCGGGCCGCCUCUGGCCGCAGGACCCCAGGCGCAGGGGAAACCUUAGGCUGCGGCCACUGCGCCGGGUCAUGGCGGUGGCCCCAGAGUUCCCUCGCAAGCCCUGAGCGCUGGCGCCCCUCGCCGAAGUUUCGCACCGGCGGGACGCGGAGCUCCCAUCGCGGCCGUGUAUCCCAGCUAUGGCUGGCGACUCUAGGAACGCUAUGAACCAGGACAUGGAGAUUGGAGUCACUCCCCGGGACCCCAAGAAGAUCCCCAAACAGGCCCGCGAUGACGUCCCCAUCACCACCGACCGCACGCGCCUGCUGACGGAAGGCAAGAAACCGCGGCAGCGCUACAUGGAGAAGAGCGGCAAGUGCAACGUGCACCAUGGCAACGUGCGGGAGACCUACCGCUACCUGAGUGACCUCUUCACCACCCUGGUGGACCUCAAGUGGCGCUUCAACCUGCUGGUCUUCACCAUGGUCUACACCGUCACCUGGCUGUUCUUCGGUUUCAUCUGGUGGCUCAUUGCUUACAUCCGGGGGGAUCUGGACCACGUGGGCGACCAGGAGUGGAUUCCGUGCGUGGAAAACCUCAGCGGCUUCGUGUCGGCUUUCCUGUUCUCCAUCGAGACGGAGACGACCAUCGGGUAUGGCUUCCGGGUCAUCACUGAGAAGUGCCCCGAGGGCAUCGUGCUGCUCCUGGUGCAGGCCAUCCUGGGCUCCAUCGUCAACGCCUUCAUGGUGGGCUGCAUGUUUGUCAAGAUCAGCCAGCCGAAGAAGCGAGCCGAGACCCUCAUGUUCUCCAACAACGCCGUCAUCUCCAUGCGGGAUGAGAAGCUGUGCCUCAUGUUCCGCGUGGGCGACCUGCGCAACUCGCACAUCGUGGAGGCCUCCAUCCGCGCCAAGCUCAUCAAGUCCCGGCAGACCAAAGAAGGGGAGUUCAUCCCCCUCAACCAGACGGACAUCAAUGUGGGCUUCGACACCGGCGACGACCGCCUGUUCCUGGUGUCCCCGCUCAUCAUUUCCCACGAGAUCAACGAGAAGAGCCCCUUCUGGGAGAUGUCUCGGGCUCAGCUGGAUCAGGAGGAGUUCGAAGUCGUGGUCAUUCUAGAAGGGAUGGUGGAAGCAACAGGCAUGACUUGCCAAGCACGAAGCUCCUACAUGGAUACAGAGGUGCUGUGGGGCCACCGAUUCACACCAGUCCUUACCUUAGAAAAGGGCUUCUAUGAGGUGGACUACAAUACCUUCCACGACACCUACGAGACCAACACACCCAGCUGCUGUGCCAAGGAACUGGCGGAAAUGAAGCGGGAAGGCCGCCUCCUGCCGUACCUCCCCAGUCCGCUCCUGCUGGGGGGCUGUGCUGAGACGGGGCCGGAUGCCGAGGCUGAGAAGGACGGAGAGGACGAGCCCGAGAGGCUCUGUGUCUCCCGGGAGACCAGGGGCUCUGUGUGAGGGGGCCACGUCCCCGAAGCCUCCCCUCCCCGGUUUCUGUGCACAAAGGCACUGCGGAGUCGGGGCGGGGGAGAGAGGAGAUUGCUGAGUGAGCUUUGGUAGGGGGCCCAGGGGCUGUCAAGGCUCAGUGGGGGAGAAAUAACUCAUGCAUCCCCCAGCUCAGGGCCUCCCAGAGCAGGUGGCCUCCUGCAGGGCACAUCCUGGGCCCUUUGUGUCGCAGCCUCUGUCUGCACUGGCUAGAGGCCAAGCCAACCGGGCUUCCCCCACGAUAGCAGGUGCAGGGUGGCCUCUGUCCUCUCUCUGUCGACUGAUGCCCAGUCACUUCUCUUCCUGAGACUCCUCAGAGACCUCCCCAAGGACUGACAGCUGCAAGGGGCUCCCCCUGCCCUCUUGCUAUGACCUGAGGCUUGUGGGUUCAGAGAGGAGGGGGAUCUGCCUGGUAAGAUGGCAGCUCCAACCUCUGGCCUGGGGUGAGCUCAUGGAGCCUUUGUGGCUCAGGUCCAUCCAAGUCCUGUAGGCAACCCCUUUGAAAUCUGAAGCCAAUGGCAUCCUGUUGAGAGCCACAGAGCACAGGGUCCUUGGUUGUCUCUGCCACCUGCCCAGUGAGCGUGUUUCCCCACUGCUGUGUCUGCGUGCCUACUGUCACCCUCCAGACGCUGGAUCUCCCUAGAGUGAGUCUUAGAAGGGGGCCUGGGCCCUUCGCACCAUGGCCUGCACCUCCCACCCAAGGGAGAGCCUCAGCAGUUGGCUUUCGUCCUGUCCUUCAUGGCCCAAGAUCCACAGCACACCUCUAACCGGCUCUGUCCUGUUCUCUCACAGUCUCAGAGCCUGUGGUGUGAGGGGGGAGAAAGCCGAGUUACAGAGGGCAGGGUGGGCGGGGGGAGGGGGGGACACACAGAAAGAAAAGCCACAGCGGUCUGAAAAUAAGCAUAUGCCCCGACACAGCCUGAGCUCAGGGUGCUCACCUGUGCUGUCAAGGUGAGCAACAGGACAUGAGGCAGUGGUGACAGGUGACAGACAGGUGUCAGGGAAGGACUCCAGGGGAUGAGCACACACAAUGCAAGAUGGGACAGGAGCUAGCUUAAACCCUGGCCUCACUGCCAGGCCCAGGUUGAACCACGCUCCUGGGCUGGGUGAGAAGCCCCUGGGUUUCCCUUCUACCCGGCAGGAGGCCUGGGCCAGGCAGGACAGGGGCAAGGCCCAGGGAAGGAGGGGCAGGCUGCGUCCUCCCACCCUGGAAAUGGGGUCCGGGAGGCACAUGUUAAGAGAAACAGAUUAGAGAAGAGCCUUGACAUGGAUGUCAUGGGCUUUGGUUUUCCAGUCUGGAAGUCCAGGGAGCAGUCUGGAGACAGGCGGUGUAGACCGCAGGGACUGAGACGGCCUCCUGCUGGGCUGCCUUGGACUGGCAAUAAGCAUUCCCGCGUUCCCAGCCACACGGCCUCACACAGCCAUGGCUCCCCUGGCCUCUGAAGACAGAAGCCUCAUCCUGUCCAGGUCCUGGAGCACUUUCCCAGGGGGCAGAGGCAGAGCCACAGUAAGACAGGGCAAGGGGACAGCGUGUGGAGCCCAGGCCCCACACCCUCAGGCUAGGUCUUCUAGGUCCUGGGGUUGGUGAGAAGAGGAGGGCGGCGGCCUGGGAUGAGACCUGCCCGCCUCUCAGGAGAGGGUCUCUGUGCUUAGCACAUGGCUGUGACCUUGAGAGCAGUGGGCAUGUGGGGCCUUCCCGCCAGGGGCAGGGCUUGGAGGGAAGGGGUAAGGGACUGGCACCCCACCCUCAGGGGAAAGGGAGGCAGGCAGCAGACCUGCACCCACUGGGGGAGCCAAUGCCAUCAGGAGUCUAAGGUGGGCGCCCACCAGCAAGCCUGGAUGCCUUGGUUGCAAUGUAGAGGAACCACAGCCCAGCUCCUGGGUGAGGGCCAGCACCCUCGCCUCCACCCAGGCUCCCCAGAUCCAGGCCUACCCAGCAGGCCUAUUUCUACACCCCGUUGUUGCCAGACCUAGAACUGGUCGGAGUCAGACGCAGUCAGUGCCCACCGGUGACAACCCCAGGGAGGUGGCCAGGUGAGGAUGGGAUGCCAUGGCGACAGCCACCCUGGCAGCUGGACAUUGGCCAGGUUCCUGAUUCACACUGGCCUCUGUGUACCAUUCUGCAACAUCCCCUACCUGGCCAAGGAAGGCACCCUUCACCUCUCUAACGCUGCUGGGGCCUCCAGGAGUCAGGGCCAAAGCACACCCGUCAGCACACUCUAGGAACUCCAGAGGCUGCAGAAGCGGAACAGAUCAACACAGCGCUGUCCCGAAACUCCCCAGGCCAGAGCCCGCCAACACAGGGAUUAGUAAACUAUUAAUCUCCAUGUGCCAAUUCUGCUUCCUGGCGUGGAAAGAAGUGACAGUACAAGAAGGCAGCCCCUGGUAUCCCAAGCACACCCUGUGCUGGACGACCAGUUGCUCCAAUCAGAGUUUGGAACGUUCUCCUAUCCUAGAAGUCCUGGACUAAACAUGGACUUACCAGAUGCUAAGUCUGAGGGCCGCCAGCCUUUCGGUGGGUCACGUCCCAACACUGCCCCUCCGUGCAGACCCCCUGCGGGGUGUGGCCCUCCGCAAGGGAUUGGCUCUGCGCUUGUCACUUUGCAUGGACCAAUGCGAGUGGAGCCAGGCUUGGAGACCGGGUUGCUGGUGAUCCCCACAGACCUCAGCAUCUCCAGCAUUUCCCAAAGUUCAUCUGUGAGACCCCGCAAGUGCCGACUUCCUGCCUUAACAUCCCCGCCUCUCCUGUCUGGAAAGGCCCACUACCAGGGAGAAGCCUCCAGGACCCCAGAAGAAAAGCUUGCCCCAUGGCCGGUGCCGUGGCUCACUUGGCUAAUCUUCUGCCUGCAGCGCCGGCACCCUGGGUUCUAGUCCCGGUUGGGGCGCUGGGUUCUAGUCCCGGUUGCUCCUCUUCCAGUCCAUCUCUCUGCUGUGGUCCGGGAAGGCAGUGGAGGAUGGCCCAAGUGCUUGGGCCCUGCACCUGCGUGGGAGACCAGGAAGAAGCACCUGGCUCCUGGCUUCGGAUCGGCGCAGCACCGGCUGUGGCGACCAUUAGGGGAGUGAACCAACGGAAGGAAGACCUUUCUCUCUCUCUCUCUCUCUCUCUCUCUCUCACUGUCUAACUGCCUGUCCAAAAAAAGAAAUGAAAAGAAAAAAAAGCAGUUCUCCCCUUCUCCACCCAUCAGCACCCCUGCAGGCCAAGGUGGGUAUUGCCCAUGACUCUCCCAGCAGAUGCUACCCACCAGCCUCCUGCACAGCCAGGGAGCCCACUGGUCUUCAUUCCUACUGCUUUGGGUCAUUGCCUAGGACAGCUGCUCUUGACGGAGGAGAGGAGCCCCUGUGUGUUCGGGGAGUCCCUUCUCUAUUGGUGAUCUGGAGCAAAUGGUCCCCAUUUUUCGUAGCCCUUACUCCAUGGCCUCCUUCCUGCCGGCCUCAGUGGCGUGUCUCAGGGAAGGGGAGCAUCACAGAAACCUAAACUGCUUGCACUGAAGUUGCCAAAAAGACAAGAGUUGCUGUUGCUGUCUAAGCCUGAGUCCGGACUCAUCUCUGCAGUGUCCCUUGGCCUGAGCACCUGUUGUGUGCCUGGCGGCAGGCUGGCGUCACCGUGGUGCGUGACCUUGAUUCUCAAAACACUGCAGAGAAGCACACAGUAGCCCCUCGGUACUAACAAGACAGCCGCAGUUCAGAGAGGUCCAUGCUUUUGCUCACGGCCACAGAUAAUGAGACAAAGCUUUGGUGCCAAGCUCCUCCCAAGCACACACAAGGGGCCACCAGGUUGCAUAAACAUCGCUGUCUGCAGCAAGUCACGGGCUCCGCAGCAGGACCAGGGACAGCCCCUCCUCUCCCCGCGGCACCACG